AUGGAAUUCACUCAGAGAAGCCUCCACAGAGGUCUGAGUUCCUCCUCACAGGGCCCUGCAAUCAGCGUGAGCGGCUCCAUACAUAGGAAGGGGGCCAUGCAGCACCUUGCAGCUGCACCCAGCGUCUAUGGGGGAGCUGGAGGUCAGGGCAUCCGCAUCUCGAACUCCAGACAUAUGAUGAGCUAUGGGGGUGAUCCCUCCGGUGGAGACCUGUUUGUUGGUAAUGGGAAGAUGACCAUGCAGAACCUAAAUGAACGCCUAGCAAACUACCUAGCGAAAGUGCAGUCCCUGGAAAAGUCCAACGCCAAACUUGAAUUGCAGAUUAAGCAGUGGUAUGAAACAAACACGCCCAGCACCAGGGACCACCUUGCGUAUUACCAACAAAUAGAAGAGCUGCAAAAUCAGAUUAAAAAGGUACAACUGGAAAAUGCGCAUUGUGUCCUACAAAUUGAUAAUGCCAGAUUGGCUGCUGAGGACUUCAAGAUGAAGUAUGAGACUGAAAGGGCGCUACACCUCACAGUGGAGGGUGAUAUCCGAGGCCUGAACAAGGUCUUGGGUGAUCUAUCCCUAACUAGAACAGACUUGGAGAUUCAAAUUAAAGAACUGAGUAAAGACCUGGAUAAUCUCAAAAAAGAACAUCAGGAGGAAGUGGACAGCCUACGGAAACACCUGGGCAACACUGUCAGUGUAGAACUGGAUGCUGCCCCAGGCCUGAACCUUGGCACCACCAUGAAUGAAAUGAGGCAGAAGUAUGAAGUGAUAGCCCAGGAGAACCUUCAGAAGGCCAAAGAGCAGUUUGAGAAACAGACUCAAGCGCUGCAGCAGCAAGUCACACUGAGCAAUGAAGAGUUAAAAGAAACUGAGGCUCACGUAAAGGAGCUGAGACGCACCUACCAGAACCUGGAGAUAGAACUGCAGUCCCUUCUCAGUCUGAAAGAAACUUUGGAGCACACACUAGAGGACACCAAAGAUCGUUACAGUAGAAAACUGGCCACCAUCCAGGGAGUAAUGGACAACCUAGAAGACCAGCUGGUGCAGAUUAGGAAGGAUACAGAACGCCAGAGCAAUGAAUACAAUAUCCUCCUUGACAUAAAGAGCCGGCUUGAGCAGGAAAUUGCUACUUACCGCCGCCUUCUGGAAGGAGAUGUCAUCAAAACUACAGAAGAUGACUUAAGCAUCUCAGAGGAGAAAGAUAUAAAGAGAAAAAGGAAGAUCAGGACAGUCGUGCAAGAAGUGGUGGACGGCAAGGUUGUAUCAUAUCAAACCAAGGAGGAGGAAGAAGAUUUGUAAAUGGCUGCCCAGAGAUGCCGCUGAGGGUUUGAAAGAAACACAGCUGUAAUUUCUGGUUGCUGUAAGACAGCUGCCAUUAGACAGCGCCAUUAGUGCUCUGUGGUAACCAGAAGUCGGGACAAAAGCCC